CAGGCACAAACCCCUCAACUCAAGCAUGCGGCAUGACCUUCAAAAUUCCAUUCCAUUUUUAUUUAUUUUUAUUUUAUCUAACCAAUUUGAUUCCAAUUUUUAAACUAUUUUUUGUUUUCUUGCAUUAUAUUCCAUGCUUCAACCUACAAAUUUCAUGCCAUUUCUUGGCCUAUACAUGUACACCUAUAAAUAACUCCAACAAUCUUGUCUCUAAUCAUUAUUAAUUUCCUCAUUCCUUAAUUUCAUCAAACUACAAUUAUUGUGUCAUGGAUUCUGGUCUCUGCUUAGUGUCUAGUAACCACCAAGACAUAGUCCAUCAAAACCACUUCUACGACCCAACAUGGUUACAAAAACAACGUAACGUUCCAACCAACUUCGUUUGGCCAAAAGAGUAUCUAGUAAACGCAAAUGAAGAGUUUCAAGCACCAUUGAUAGACCUUGAAGGUUUCCUUAAAGGCAACGAAGAAGCCACAAACAAUGCUGCCAUGUUAAUCUCUAAAGCUUGUUCAACACAUGGUUUUUUUCAAGUGGUUAAUCAUGGUGUUGAUUUGAGUCUUGUUGGUGAAGCUUAUGAUCAAAUGGAUGCUUUUUUUAAGCUUCCGAUUGACAAGAAACUUGGUGUUCGUAAGAUGAAGGGCUCUAUGUGGGGCUAUUCUGGUGCUCAUGCUGAUAGAUUCUCUUCCAAGUUGCCAUGGAAGGAAACACUUUCUUUUCCAUUUCAUGAUAAUAAUUCCUUUGAGCCUGUUGUUACUAACUACUUUAACUCCACGUCUUUGAGAGAAGAUUUGAAACAAACUGGGGUGGCGUUCCAGAAGUAUUGUGAAGCAAUGAAGAAGUUAGGGAUGAAACUAAUGGAGAUAUUAGCUAUAAGCUUAGGAGUGGAUAGGUUACAUUAUAAGUACUUAUUUGAAGAUGGUUGUUCCAUAAUGAGAUGCAACUACUAUCCAUCAUGCCAAGAACCAAGUGUUGCAUUAGGGACAGGACCACAUUGUGACCCAACAACAUUAACAAUACUUCAUCAAGAUCAAGUUGGAGGGCUAGAUGUGUUUGCUGACGAGAAAUGGCAGACGGUUAGACCUCGUCCAGAUGCAUUUGUUGUUAACAUUGGCGAUACGUUCACGGCAUUAUCAAAUGGGAGAUACAAGAGUUGUUUGCAUAGGGCAGUGGUUAAUAGGUACAAAGAGAGGAGGUCCUUGGCAUUCUUUUUGUGUCCAAAACAAGACAAAAUGGUGAGACCCCCACAAGAUAUUGUGAAUAGAGAUGGGACAAAAGAGUAUCCUGAUUUUACAUGGUCACAAUUGCUUCAAUUCACACAAAAGUACUAUAGAGCUGACGAAGCUACACUUCAAAAUUUCACCAAGUGGUUACUAUCCUCUAAUGCUAGAAACCAUUUACCUUGAUUAUUUACCAACAAAUUGUUUUGGUUUUGGUUUUGGUUUUGUUAGAGGUUGAGAUGCAUUUUUCCUUAUUGCAUUAUUAUUGCUUGCUAGCUAGCUAGCUUCAUUUAUUGAAUUGAACAAGGAUGUAUUAUUUAUUUAUGUAACUUGAUUUCAU